AAUGCUAUCUUUUCUCCUUUUGUAUUGUUGGCAAUUGGUAUAAUAAUAGUAAUUAUUAUUUUGUAUGGAAGUCAAAAUACUACUUUCAUUACCUAUUGCUACCUUUACGACACACAACUGUAUGUUCAACACUAUUUCCAUCAGUUGUUAAACAUGUAACAUGCUCUUAAUCCAUUAUUAAAACAUUAUAAAACACAUCUUUGACAUUUCUAAAGAUUUUUUUUUAAAUGUUGUUUUUUGCAUAAUGUUCCUUUUAUUGAUUUUGUAUUUUAACCAUUAUGAAAGACCCGAAUGUUUUUAAAGACUGGCAGAUUUGAUUGAAAUUGCGCAUGUUUCAAUUUGUUGAGCAAUAAAGGAAUGGGUUACUGACCUAUUUAAAGGUACAAACAUAGCUGAUCAGGAAUCCAGACUGUCAAUGGCAAAAAUAGACUGUAGCAGGUUGGUUGACAUAUUUGAUUGACAAAGGACAUAUUUCAUACUUAACUACAUGAAUGAAGUAUAAAAUAGUCAUUAAACAUUGUCACAGUAAUUUAAAACUGUACAACAUAAACAGCAUCAUAAUAAACACCGCAUACAUUUAACUGCUUCACAAAUUGGCAUUGCAGUGGAGUUCUUUAUGAAUAGCAACGGCACAAGACUAAAUGUGGGUGUGGGAAAUUUUAUCUUAUAUAGGUCGUUAUAUAGUAUAUACAAAACAGAUUCUCUUUGAGGCCACAGUUCUAUAAAUAGUGUCGUCAUGACCAAGAUAGCUAGCGGACUAUAAAAACAAAUUAAAGGUUGGUGUAACCUUAAUUGUAUUAAGAGUACGAUAGUCUAACAAGACGUAAUAGAAGAAACGACUUGUUGUUUGGUUUCUAGAGUGUUCAUAAUAAAUAAUAAUGGCAUGGAAUGGACGAUAUAUCCUUUUGAUUUUCGACUGUAUGUUGGUAGUUGGGAUAUAUUUCUGCACGGAUAUUCCAAGUGCACUGCAAUCCCAGAUUGAAAUGCCAUCAAGCGACAACUGCACUGAGGAGGGCGCUGAAAACAGUACGUGUUGCAUUGAUUGUCUUGGACUUGGCGCUACCCAAUAUAACCUGCUGUACACUGUAUACUCAUGGACAAGUUCCGUAAUGAUUCUUCCAGUUGGUUUUGUAAUUGACCGGAUGGGAAAUAGAAUCUCAGCGGUUCUAUUUACUGGUAUCGCUACCACUGGUUCCCUGUUAUUUGCCAUUGGUUCAGUUCCCGGUAUUCGGAACACGUCACUUAUGUUCCCUCUGAUGAUGAUUGGUCGACUCUUUAUUGGUGCGGGUACUGGCUCCUCCAGAAUUGUGCGAGACCGUGUUAUAGCCAGCUGGUUUCCAGAUAGACUUGCCCUAGCGUUCGGUAUCGCAGUGUCAACAAUGGGCCUGGGAAGUGUUUUAACUUUUUUACUGACCUCAAACAUUGCUAAGUGGAUAGGUUUAAGUGCUACACUAUUUGUUGGAGCAGGUGUGUGUAGCACGUGUUUUAUUUCAGCACUAUGUCUGUGCUACCUCGACUGGUAUGGUACCAGGCAUCAUAGUGACACCAAGGUCACUAUACGAGCUAUAUCAGCUGCAAAUAUAUCUACAAUCAAACAGCUACCAAGAUCAUUUUGGCUGAUCAGUGUAAUGAUAGCUACAUAUUACAGCUUUCAACUACCAUUUACUGCCAACGGAAGUAAAUAUAUACGUGAGAAGUAUAGGUAUACGAAAACUGACUCGUCGUACAUCAAUGGUGUUAUAUACGAUGUCUCUGUCGUCAUUUCUCCAUUUGUUGGUCUUCUGCUCGAUAGAUUUGGAAAGCGAGGUUGGGUAGCCUUCCUAGGAGCCAUCCUGACUUUACCAAUGGGACCAAUACUUUUGUAUACAGAUGUGCCCCCUUUACCAGUAUAUAUAUGGAUAGGCGUCAUGUUUACAGCUACUGUCGUUGCAUUGUGGUCAGCAAUACCUCAUGUUGUACCCCAUUCAGCUGUUGGAACAGCCAAUGGAAUCGCAUCUUGCAUGCUUGAUCUAACUGUCGGAAGUACAAAUCUUCUUGUUGGUCGAUUAUUAUCAAAGGGAGAAACACAAGAUAAUAGUGUGAAUAUCAACUGGCCCUAUGUAUUUUUGGUCAUGUUUGGCUUUGCGUUCAUCUGUGCCGUGUCUGGAGUAAUCAUCAAUGUUGGUUUUAAAAGAAAGACUAACACUAUCAACAGAAAACCUCUGAAACGCGAGAGAAGCAUUUUGGAUACAGACAAAUCCGAGAAUACUGAUCACCAAUAUACCCAAAGUGUUUACUCUAUUUACAAUGAUAUUAUAAUAGAAAAUAAAGCAUCGGAUAUGUGGCGGAGGUUUUCAAGUAGAAAACAAUACGAAGAUGGAACGGCCAAAUGCAAGAAGCAGAAAAGUUUAUUUAUAGAUCUCGAUAAUGACAAUGCUAUUGAAAUAAAGAUUACGUUAACAGAUAAAAACAUUCUUGAGAACAGUGUAACGAACGAAGAUCAGUUGGAACAUUAUUCAAAACUAGUAAAUGAUAUAUUCAAACAUGUAACAAACAUUUCUUUUGAAAAUGACAUAUCUGAAAAGAUGAACAGAACGUCAUGACGUAUCGAUUGAUGUAUUUUUAUUUGUGACAUCAUAUGAUAUGAAUAAAUAAACAUUGA